GCCAGAAUGAUGCUUCUGUGUACUUCAUUAUCCUCUCAAUUAUACAAUAACAAUUUUGACUUGAAAUCCUGACAAAAUGCAGUCACCCUUGGCGCAGAAGAGAUUGGCCGGCUUUGACUUGGUCCAAACCAACUAUAAAACAGUCGGCGAUCACAACAUCCGCGCCGAUUUCAUCAUCCCCCAGUCAAACUACACCGGCAAGCGGCCAGUUAUCAUCCAUUUCCAUGGCGGGGGUUUCGUAACCGGAGAUGCGCUCUUCUUUGAAUGGUUCCCCCAAUACCUCUUCGACAUCGCGAAACAACACAAUGCGGUGAUUGUAUCUCCGAACUACCGCCUCCUUCCCGAGGUUACCACCCUCGACCUUUUCGACGACAUUGAGGAUUUCUGGAUCUGGCUGCAUUCGCCCGCAGUGGCGGAACUUCUCUCCUCCCAGACUAAUCCAACAGAACUCGACCUGGAUCGCAUCAUUACUGCCGGUGAAUCCGCCGGGGGCACACUCAGCAUCUGUCACGCCCUGGCGCACCCAGAGGAGAUCCGGGCUGCAACAGCAAGCUUUCCUUGCUUUCUCAGUGCUCCUGUCGAGGAUGUUUCCGUACGGAAGGACCCACCUCGUUUGAGCGGUCUGUCUCUGGAAGAGGCAAAGCGUGUUGUCGAUGAAGCGAUCAGAGAUAGUGAAAAGGGAGUAGUCGAAUCAUCGAUUACGUCGCCUGUGCGAUUGACUUUAACGCUUGCCAUUAUUGAGGUUGCACGCCUCUAUGAAGUCUACGAACGUGGAACUGAGAAAGACCCCCGGCGGGCAUUGCGACACCCUAUGGAACGGCUGGAUGAGCCGGACGUCAAGUUCCCCCGUGGAGGUAUCUCUAUCCGACAUGGCCUGGAAGAUGACGUCGUACCUUUGGAGGUUAGUCAAGCCUUCGUGGACAAGGCAAGGAAAGUGAUGGAUGGGAAGCCGGGAGGGGAUAAGAUUGUUUUGGCACUGCGACCAGGGGGUCAUGGCUUUGAAGGCGAGACCACAGGAGAUGAGGAGUGGUUGCAGGAGAACCUGCGAUUUGCUAUCGAGGCGUGGCUGGAAUAGAUUACUUGAUACGGUGUACCACGGCACGAUCAUUCCAGAAGCCUUUAUGUCGGACUCAGC